AUGGAGUUCGGGUUCGGCGACAUUAGCUUACUUGUAUCGACAGGCACACUGGAGGUAUUGGUGGUUGCCUGCUCGCGCUUUCCAUAUGGAGCUGGGAGCCUUCUCGACGGUUUCAAUGAUGCUAAUAUCUUGUUUCUAACUUGCAGGUUGGAUAGGAAAAAGCAGCGGAAGAUCAAGGAUUGGGCCAGCCAUCACAGGAAGUAUGUCGUGCAGUUCGCUCUUAGUGUGGAGCAAGCAAGGGCUGGAAAACGAGCCCAGCUUCGUGAGCACUGCCCGAUCGCGUUCAACAACUAUCUCGCAUGGUUUCUUGCAAGUACCCGCGUGGAGGUAUGCCAGCCGGCGUAUGCUGAGGAGAUUCUGGAAGAACCCACCGUUUUUGAUGAGGUAGCCCAGCACCAGUACAACGCAUUAGUCAGGAAAGGCAACUCGGUGAUCCCUUCAGCUCCAAUGAUGAACUUUGUGCGUGCCCAGAUCAAGAAAGCAGCUGACGAGACCGAGACUAUUCUGGAAACAACCCCGGCUGGCAAAAGCGAUGGGGAAGGUGUUGUUGAUGAUAUGACCUUGGGGACGUACCGGGCUCGGUCUGCAUACGAGUUGAAGCCUAGGAGGGGAAUCAACAAGUACACACCUGAAGACUUCACCCAAAGGGGCAAAAGGACGGUCGGCACCUCGCGGAUGGCGGCUUUGGAUGACUAUUUGGAUGACGAUGUCAAACCGGAGGCGGAGCCGGAGCCGGAGCGGGUUCCUCUUCCUAGGAAGGUGAAGAAGAUAAGCGUCAAGAGGGGGGGAUGA